CCCUUCUUUAUCCUCUUCGUAAUAAGGCAAAACCCUCUCUCUCUCUCUCUCUCUCUCUCAAUUUGUUUACCUCUUCAACUCAACCACACUUCUAAGAUCAAAAGCUACCUUUGUUGCUUUGAGUUUGAACUUUGAAUCAAUCAAUCAAUCAAAGUGGGUGGUGACUCAUGGAAGUGAAAGGAAGGAUAAGCAACUCCACCAUCACCACCACCACAAUCCAAAGUGAGGAUGAGAUGGACCUUCGAAGAGGUCCUUGGACCGUCGAUGAGGAUCUUGCUCUCAUCAAUUACAUUGCUAAUCAUGGUGAAGGUCGAUGGAACUCCCUAGCUCGUUCAGCUGGACUCAAACGAACUGGCAAGAGCUGCAGAUUGAGAUGGUUGAAUUAUUUGCGUCCCGAUGUUCGACGUGGCAACAUCACACUUGAAGAACAGCUUCUUAUUCUCGAGCUCCAUGGUCGCUGGGGAAACCGAUGGUCUAAAAUUGCUCAAUAUUUGCCUGGAAGAACCGAUAAUGAGAUAAAGAAUUAUUGGAGAACCCGUGUCCAAAAGCAAGCCAAGCAACUCAAAUGUGACGUGAAUAGCAAGCAAUUCAAGGAUGCCAUGCGCUACCUUUGGAUGCCAAGGCUGGUGGAGCGCAUUCAAGCCGCCGCCGCGGCCGCCACCACUGCCACGGCCACCGUGGGUUCUCCAACGGCAUCAGCUAGUGCUACUACAACCAUCACCACUAACAACAACGCCACCACAUACAACUACGAGAACAACAACAACAACAACCUUAACAACAGUUUUGAAGUGCACAGUGGGAACAUGAUGUUGAGAAAUCCAGCAAUCAUGAACAUUAAUAAUUUUGUUGGUUCACACAGUUACACUCCAGAGAAUAAUAGCACGGGUGCCUCAUCGGAUUCAUUUGGUGCUCAGGUUUCGCCUGUCUCGGACUUGACUCAGGAUUAUUACAAUAAUGUCACGGUUGAGAAUAAUAACAACAACAAUAACCCUAAUCCUGAGUAUUACCAACAAGCACAUGAUCAAUUGAGUUUCUUAGACUGCAUCACAAGCCCUUCAGGGUUGUUCGAUUUCCAGUCCAUGGAACCAAACACCCCGUGGAUUCAGAGUAAUGUUGGGGACACGUCAACCAACGGUUUCUGGAAUGUUGAAAACAUGUUGCUCUUUCAACAACUCUCUGACAACAUGUGAAACAUCAAUUCGUAGGAGAAUUCAUGGUGAGAGGGACUAAAAAAACUGUGAAGGGUUGUGAAAUUUACAGAUGAUAAAAUUAUAUAAUUAAGUAGAAAAAUGAGCAAAUAGAAUAAAUUCAUAUGUAGGACACACGUAGGAUCCACGACAUGGACAUAGAUUUUAAACUAAGGACACUCUAAGAGCAAAGAGAAGGAAACUGUGAAUUAUUUUUAAGUUUAAUUUGUACGGACUUUUUUUUUUCUUUGAUUUUCCUUAUUUUUAGAGGGGGUGGGGAAAUAUUUGUAAUUUGAGCUUUCUUUAUAGUAUAAGAUUCCAUUCUUUGAAAUUAUUAA